UCGGGCCCUCCGCCCCGUGCGAGGUUAUUUUCCUUCAUGGAUUGGGAGAUACUGGACAUGGAUGGGCAGAAGCCUUUGCCGGUAUCAGAAGUUCACACAUCAAAUAUAUCUGCCCACACGCACCUGUUAUGCCUGUAACGUUAAAUAUGAACAUGGCUAUGCCUUCUUGGUUUGAUAUCAUUGGGCUUUCACCAGAUUCUCUGGAGGAUGAACCUGGAAUUAAACGGGCAGCCGAAAAUGUAAAAGCUUUAAUAGACCAGGAGGUGAAGAAUGGCAUUCCUUCUAACAGAAUUGUGUUGGGAGGAUUUUCUCAGGGAGGAGCUUUGUCUUUAUACACCGCCCUCACCACCCAGCAGAAGCUGGCAGGCGUCACUGCGCUGAGCUGCUGGCUUCCACUUCGAUCUUCGUUUCCACAGGGUCCUAUCAGUGGUGUUAACAAAGAUAUUUCUAUUCUCCAGUGCCAUGGAGACUGCGACCCUUUAGUUCCCCUAAUGUUUGGUUCCCUUACUGCUGAAAAACUAAAAACAUUGGUAAAUCCAGCCAAUGUAACCUUUAAAACCUAUGAAGGCAUGAUGCACAGCUCCUGCCAGCAGGCUGGAGCAUUGGAUUUGCUGAAAGAGCUUAAGAAUAUUCCCAUGACUCUGGAAUUAUUACAGUCCACAAGAAUCGGAAUGUCUGUUAAUGCCAUUCGCAAGCAGAGUACAGAUGAAGAAGUUACAUCUUUAGCAAAGUCUCUCAUCAAGUCCUGGAAGAAGUUACUAGAUGGGCCAUCAGCUGAUAAAGACUCUGAAGAAAAGAAAAAAGAGCCUUCGAUUACAUCACAGAACAGCCCUGAAGCAAGAGAAGAGAGUAGCUCCAGUGGCAACGUGAGCAGCAGGAAGGACGAGACACAUGCCCGAGAUGCCUACGUUUCAGCCUUUCCUCGAGCACCGAGCACUGCAGACUCUGUGCGGUUAAAGUGUCGGGAGAUGCUCGCUGCAGCUCUCCGGACUGGAGAUGACUACAUUGCAAUUGGAGCUGACGAGGAAGAACUAGGAUCUCAGAUUGAGGAAGCUAUAUAUCAAGAAAUAAGAAAUACAGACAUGAAAUAUAAAAAUAGAGUACGAAGUAGGAUAUCAAAUCUUAAAGAUGCGAAGAAUCCAAAUUUAAGGAAAAAUGUCCUGUGUGGGAAUAUUCCUCCUGACUUAUUUGCUAGAAUGACUGCAGAGGAAAUGGCUAGUGAUGAGCUCAAAGAGAUGCGGAAAAACUUGACCAAAGAAGCCAUCAGAGAACAUCAGAUGACCAAAACAGGAGGAACCCAGACUGACUUAUUCACAUGUGGCAAAUGUAAAAAGAAGAAUUGUACUUACACACAGGUACAAACCCGUAGUGCUGAUGAACCAAUGACAACAUUUGUUGUCUGUAAUGAGUGUGGAAAUCGAUGGAAGUUCUGUUGAGUUGGAAGAAUUGAAUCUGGACCAUUAAGAAAAUGGAUUUUGUAAUUAGCUUUAAAAUUAGGCCGAGCAAUUAGUUUUCCUGCAAGUCAGAUUUUUAAAAUGACGUACAUCCCACAAAUUAGUUUUUGGUUUUUGAUCUAACAUCCCUUCCUCAAAUGCCUUCUGUAGUUUCAGAUUAGUAGGAAAACCAUACAAUAAUUGUAUGAUAUCUGUUUCAGUACUUCUUUUUUCAUUUUUGUAAGUUGAUAUUAAUCUUUUUAUCAAUUAAACUUUUGACAAUUUAUUUUUAUUUUUUUCUUCUUGAAGUGUUAACUUUUUACAGUCUGAAUCAUACAUAGAAAUUAUUCUUUGUUAAUAAAUAAAUAGAAAUUACUUUUUUUCAUAUUGGCGUGUACCUCAGAUAUUAGAGGAAGAAAAAAGGUAAUAUAAUUUAAGUUUACCAAAUAUGGUGUGUAUUCAAGUAAUACUUGUCCAGCUUAUCUAAAUUGUACAUACUUGAAAUAGUAUCUAAAUUUGAUUUUAUUAUUCUGUUCUCAAACCUGCAAUAACAAGAUACAGUUUUGCAUCUGUAGCUAACUCUUCUGUGCUCAUCACUUUGUGUAUAUUACUUGUUCUGAAUAGAUUUUACUUUUGGAAAUAUGGCUUUGUUGAAGUCGUUCUGGUUUUAUUAUUUACUUACCCGUUUGCCUUUAUAUUUUAGCUUUGCAGAAACUAAAAUGGUGCAGUAGGCUUUCAUAAAUCUCACAGGCAGAGAAUAAAAGCUUCUGAUGACUUUUUUCCUCACAGGAAGACAUCCUGGGAAGCAGUUCUUAGUGCUCUGGCAGUGAGUGUUGUAAAGAGUUCAUGACCUGAUUUUCAUUUGCAGUCUGUAUUGACCAAGGAUUAAGCAUAAAAAUUGUAUAGAUCAUUAAAGCUGUGGUCUUCUCAGAUGGAAAUGGGUAGAAAGUGUUUUUGUUCUGAGUCUGUCUUGUUGGCUUUUUCUGUUACAAAAUUGCGAACCAGAUCUUACAAUUAAGUUUUACUUUUUGUUUAAGUACAUGCCAGUUGUUCUGUUAAAAAUAAGAAAAAUAGGUUUCACAUGGUUUCCUGGGUGCAGUUGCUGUUGCACUCCUUCACGGCCACAGCAUGAGUCUCCAGGUCACUGCGCUGGACCAGCAGAAGGACCGCUGCACAUGUUUUGCACUCUCCUCUGCUCCCCACUUCCCCUUUCUUAACCCAGAGUCCUUUUGUGGUAAUACAGAAAAGAAGAUUUAAGUUUCCGUGCUGAGGACCGGCCCCCAAGCACCAGCCCUCCUCCUGUUAGUGUUCAGUUGAACCAUCUGCUUUAUCAUUUCAGAAAUAAAGUGCCGUUUUGAGAGAAUGAGCAUAAGAAGACUAAAAUUAAAGUAGUUCCAUUUUUAAAUUAACUGAUUUUAAAAUUUGUAAUUCAAUAAAGUUUUGUUGUUGUUAACUGUG